CACUCUCCCCAUUUUCUCUUAUACCAACCUCAACAUGGCUUCCCUUCGAGUUCAAAUCCCUCUCUACACUCUCCUCAUCAGCAUCUUCAUCCUGCAAUGCCAGUCACAACAAUAUCCAACUCAUAAACCAGAAACCGUUAACUUCGCCUUCUCUCGUUUCGAGGAAGAUAACCCCAACGUAAUCCCAUUCGGCGACGCUUCAGUUACCGGCGGGACUCUCCGGCUAACCAAAACCAGCCAAUACGGCGUACCUCUCACACACAGCGUCGGCCGAGCAGUGCACAUCACACCCGUCCACCUCUGGGACAAAUCCAACGGCGCCCUCGCCGACUUCACCACCUCCUUCACCUUCGUUGUCAACAGAGAAACCACUUCCACACUCCACGGUGAUGGCUUGGCCUUCUUCAUCGCGCCGCUGCACUUCAACUUCCCCAAAAACUCAAGCGGAGGAUAUCUUGGACUCUUCAACCCGGAAAACGCACUUUUCCCCUCAGAAAACGAGAUAGUGGCGGUUGAGUUUGACAGUUUUACCAAUGCAUGGGAUCCUGAUUCUCCUGUUCAGGUUCCUCACUUUGGAAUUGAUGUGAACUCUAUUAAGUCAGUUGCAACUGAGUUAUGGCCGAUUGAUGCUGAACCGACGAAUGCGGUCGCGGAGGUGAGCAUAAACUAUAACUCUGAGUCGAAGAGGCUGGGUGUGUUUCUGGCUUACAGUAAUAACAGGACUGCUUCUGUCUCUGCUUUUGUUGAUUUGAGGAGUGUUCUGCCGGAGUGGGUUAGAGUUGGAUUCUCUGCCUCUACUGGUGAGUUGGUUGAAACUCAUGAUAUUCUUAGCUGGGGAUUCGAAGCAGCCUUGUAGAUCCAAGCAAAUGAUCUUGGAGGUGAUGCAUGAAGGAGUUUGGUUUCAAUAAAAUUUAUACACAAUGUUUAUGUUUCUCUGUUGAAGAAUAUUGUCAAAAGUUGUUUUAUAUAUAAGUGCUUGUAUGAUUUCUUCCAUUAAUUAAUAAACAUCCACCUGAAUUUAAAUUAA